UGGCCCGUCUCAUUGGAGCACGGAUGUACAUGGGUUUGGAUCGUUCCAGGAGAUUGCAAGCCCAGAUAAAACCGACCGAUAACGACUUCACAUUCCACGAAGAAGGAGGCCCCACGAUAAGAAUUAAGUCAUGGGGAAGUAACUUGGCCUGGUAUGAACGCGAAGGAAGCAGCUCUAAACGUACCUUUGCGAGUGUCACGGUUCACCGCAUUUCCGAGUGAAACAUUGAACGUGGCAGAACGCAGCUGACCGAAGGUACUCCAUAUAUUUGUGCAAAAACAACGUUCCGGAUUUUGACAUUCUUCGCUCGCGGACAAAAGAAGGGGGAAAACGCUAAAGAACGUUAGAAUACAGUGAAAUCUAAGAGCACAUUCGCUCGGAGCGGACGCUAAGGUUGAAUUAAAAUUCCGGACCAGUGUUUUAGUUUACCCCCAACACCAUUCCAAUGUGUUAUGGAGCCAUCCCAACGCUAGACCGGGAGGGUUACCUUCGGGGAGAAGCAAUCGGCAACUUUCAAAUAAACAGGCACCCGUCUCGCUCAUUGUCCGCCGUCACGAGGUCAGUCCUGCCCCAGGUGCGCCUGUUUCGUGUGCCGGUACCGGACAAUACACCGUCCACGGUAACGACGCCCGUUAACGGUUCUCUUCCACCGGCACCGGACACCCGACCGCCGGCGAACCAACGUAACUGAUCACUACUUGUCACUUGAUUCGUUACGCUGGGGGCAGAUCGAACCACAGUCCGUCCGUCCAAAAAGGGGUUGCUGCUUAUCACGCGGUGACCAUCUAGACUGGACUAAACCGGUAUUUCGCCCCCCCCCCUCCCAUUCCCCCUUGUUAGAAUCAAAGACAAAUUAACAAAAAAAAAACACAGAGAAACAACCAUCCCACCAUGACAGAGACAAGACAACUCCAACGCAAACACUGACUGCUCCCCAACCAUUGGCCGCGUUAUAACGACCACGCGGUGGAAUGAAUUUUUGAAUGUGCGUGGAUGCGCAGGACGUUUCUUGGCUUAAUUUGGCUGUAAACAAUUAACAACACACAACAACUCAGCCCGUCCCCCGUCUCCCACCCCUUCGCACAACAAACACACCCGACAUAAUCAUCUGCCCAUACACACUCACACACACCCUUCCCUCGCUGUGCCUGCAGCCUGCCUGUACCUCGCUGCCCCGAUCGACAUCCUUAGCGCGCGCUAUAAAAGCCGGGCCCCGAUUGCGCCAUGUAUUAUUUGAGCCGCCGCGUGCUAAUCAUGCUGACGUGCAGUGUGCUGAUCACGACGAUCGUCUUCUUUACCGCCUACGGCGUGUACGGUGCUCCCUCGUCCGCGGAGGACCUUUCGCACGAAGCCGGCGAUGCGGAGCUGCUGGACCAUCUGGGGCGUCGGCCCGGCUUGGAGCUGAAGCAGGUGCAUGUGUUUUUCCGCCACGGACAGCGUACCCCGGCCGACACCUAUCCGAAAGAUCCGUACGUGAACUUUACCUUCGAACCGUACGACUGGGGACAGCUGACGAAUAAAGGUAAAUACUCAGUCUACGAACAGAUCGGUAUUUGGCUUCGCGAGCGCUAUGGCCGCUUUGUCGGUGCGACCUACCGUGCCAAGAACGUGCACGUCCAAACGACCGGUGUCUCGCGCACCCAGAUGUCGAUGCAGCUCGUGCUGGCUGGGUUGUUCCCGCCGCAAGGUACGGCUCUCCAGUGGAACCGACGGCUCGAUUGGCAACCGAUACCGUACUUCAGUGAGCCGCUGAGUCAAGAUACGCUUCUGCUAGUUCGCGUGUCCUGCCCGAGGUACACCGAAACCGUGCAGGAAUCGUUCCAGAUGCCGGAAAUUAAAGCUCUUAUGAACGCUAACAAACAGCUGUAUGAGAAUCUCACGCGCAUCACGGGCCUCACGAUAGCGACUCCGGACGACGUACAGUCGCUCUUCAGUACGCUAAAAGCGGAGUCCGAGUUUGGUCUGAAGCUACCCGCCUGGACGAAGGAAUACUACCCGCACAAGCUGCUGCCGCUGACGAAGAAAAGCUACGCCCUGAACGUCUACACCGACGAGAUGAAACGGCUCAAGGGUGGUCCGUUCCUGCGGAAAACGCUCAACGAAUGGGAAGCACUCAUCGCCAACCCGACCGGUUCGCACAAAAAGAUCCUCCUGUACGCCGGCCACGACUCGACGGUGGUUAACAUUCUGUCCGCACUGAAGGUUUGGGACGAGACGGUGCUGCCCGAUUACGGGGUGAUGGGUGUGCUGGAGCUGUACCGUGAUGUCAGCACCGGACAGUACAGUGUUACCGUGGGCCAGAAGCAGCUCGGACAGCCGCUGCAACGACUCGCGAUCCCUGGCUGCACGGAGGUGUGUCCGAUUGAGAAGCUAAAGACGGUGCUGAAGACGACCAUCCCGACCGACUGGAAGAAGGACUGUGUGGCGAAAGAUCCCACCGUCGUUGAACCGCCACCGUCCGGCCCUUAGAGUGUAAGGUUUUAGUGUACCCCUUCCCCCCAACAUAGCCGUAUAAGGUGUGAUUAAACUAGAAAUUUCGUUCAAACAGUGUGCGCUGAGUGAUAAAGUCGUAACGAAUCGUAA